AGGUAGGUGAUAUAAGGAGGACACAGCAGCGGUGAAGUGCCAAGUAGACUAGUGGAGCAACAGCCGUUUCAUCAGAGAGCUUGUGGAGACAACUGUUAAAAGGAAGUUGAAGUUGGUCCGCUUCAAACUACCAUGACUUUUCAGACAUCCUCAUCUGCAUGCAUGACGGACCUUGAAGUAAUUCUCGAGUUUCUAGACGAACAUUACCGACAAGAAGCACUGGAGCAACAUAAAGUUGGAGACCCCAUGCUGUCUCUCCCCCAUGUUUUGUUUGCGGAGGAGCAGGGACUUGGCCAAUUGCACGCUUAUAACCACAUAGGUUCAGGCCACCUGACACCAGUCACCAUGCUCGAGAACGAACAGGAACAGGGCUUCAUAGACGACGUCCACUCACAGCCAGCGGAAUCCAAAUGUUGCCCGUCCAUCGUCCAGGACACACUGAAGGCCAUCGCGUCCCCGCAAAUGUGGCAAACUCCACCCCCUCUCAGCUCCAUCGCGGAAAAAGCCCUCCAGCCGUGCCCAGCUGGGAUUCGUCUACCUGUCCUCCCUCACCUGCCCACCGCCGCCGCCGCCGUCGCUGCUGCCGCCACACCUGGAAGAUUUGACAAGUCACCGCGGGUCAGCGCCACACCUGCACCGAGAGGAAGGAAGCUCCGUCUUUUCCACUUCCUGUUCGAGAUGCUGGAGAAUCCAGAGAUGGCCCACUGUGUGGCCUGGGUGCCCUCGGCGUCCGCGGGGGUGUUCUCCUUCUCUUCGCAGAACAAGGAGCGCGUCGCCGAGCUUUGGGGCCGACGGAAGGGCAACCGGCGGCCCAUGACCUACCAGAAAAUGUCACGGGCUCUGCGCAAUUACGCGCAUUCGGGAGAGAUCGUCAAAGUCAAAAGGAAGUUGACAUAUCGGUUCAACUGUGCCACACUUCGCUUCCUCCGCAGCCAGCGCGGAUCAGACAGCGCGACAGCAGCACAGUAUAAUCAAGCGCACCAACUAUAGAUCAUUGCCGGUGAUAGCGUGUAAUUACCAAGUAGUGAAGCGGCUCGCUGGCAGCCAUUAUGAGCUUAUGAUUAUGGAUAUCAGUGUCACUAACCGACUCCUAAUUGGGCCCUUGAUGACAUGGUGAUUCGGAAAAGCAGAGAGCCGUCGAGUGAAAUUUGAUUGAUUGUGCAACUAGUUGCUUUGGCAACCAGUUCAGUGUUUAUAAUGGUGUAAUUAAUUUUGUUACUUACAUGCUAUUGGAAAGCAGUUGAAGUAAAUAUGAACACUUUGUGUAUGUGAGAGAGAUGAGCUAGGCCUACAGCGGUUCUCAAACUUUUCACAAUGAGUACCACCUCAGAGAACAAUUGGCUCUCCAAGUACCACCAUUAUGACCAGCAUAAAAAUAUAGCGUAGGCCAAUUUGAAUAUAUUUUACAUUGUACAUACUGUUUUUUUUUUUGUUUUUUUUUUCGAGAAAGAUAAAAAAAAAAUUGUUUACAUUAAUGGUCUAAUCAUAAUUUAACACUUAUGAUUAUCUUAGCAAUUAUUAUCAAUAAUGACUAUAUUAUCAUUGAAAAAAAAAAAAAAAAACAUCUUGGAGAUUGCCGGAGACUACCCGCACCACAGUUUGAGAACCACUGAGCUGGGCCUUGUGCCUACAGUAUGUCCAUUCAGUCUACUUAGCGACAGAUUGACUGAUCAGCACUCACUGGAAGGUUUUGUG